GUGCGACGGAGGGCAUGACGUGGAGCCAUGAUGACCAUGGAGCUCUGGUAGGCGAAUGGCUCGAGGUCGAGGGCGUCGACGCUGCCGUCCCGAGCGAGGCGCCGCGAAGCCCCGCGCGGUACGCCGCAGCGGGCAUGUUCACGCCCCACGCGCUCUCGAGCCCGUCGAUGCUACCGCCGCUCGUCCACGCCGAAACGCAGUCGACGCGACCGCUCGGGGCGCAGGUGGGCUGGGAAGCCAAGAUGGAGGCGAUGCGGGCGCGCUACGCGGCCGCCGAGCGCGAGUCGCGGCGCGGGCUGCUCCAACGCCUCGCCGACCCCAGCUUGUCGCGAUCCUCGCGAAUGGACCUCCAAGUACAACUCUUGGAGCAAAUGAAGGCGGCGCUGCAGACGCACCUGGCCGCGCUUGUCGCUGAAGAGCUCGAGCGGGAAGCUGGGCGCCAGCAAGCCAUGCGCGCCGACGUCUCGCACCAAGGUCGGGACCGGCUACGGCAGCAGCACGCGCGCGAGCGCGCAUACUACAAGACGCUCAUCGAGCAAACCAAAGAGGAAGGCCAUCAGUUGCUCACAGCGACCAUGAACGACUUUAACCUCCUGCGCUAAGACCCCAUCGUUUACGAAGUUUAC